UGCCAUUUCUCCUUUCUAAUUGAACCGCACUCUCAAAAUCCCGCUCUUGGCCCUUCCAACCCAAAAUCCAAAAAGGGAAAAUCAGAAGCACUUCCUUAGAUGUGCCCCAAAUGAAUCACUCAGAUUAGUGCAAAUCAAUAUAUAUCGCAUACAAUUGAGAGCGGUUGAAUAUAGUGAAAAUGACUAAAGUUGCUGCUGCUGGUCAAUUGCCUUCGUCCAAUGCUCUUCAUUUUGGUGGUGGUGGUGGUGGGGUUGGCAGCUCAAAGGUUGCCACUACCACUGCUUUGAAGCGAAAAACACCCUCAGAGUUAAGGGGAGAACUAUUGAAGCGGAGGGAUUUAAUUGAGAACGUAGAUGAAUCUCGAGCUCCUGUAACUGGUUAUAUGAGGAACACCGAUGGAGCAGCUUCUGGACCUAAAAAAUCUGAUUCAUCGAAAGCACCACGAUACAUUGAUACACGUGUGGAUGCUUUAUUUCCUGUCCGAAAAAACAGUAUUAGGCUUCGGAUGCUUUCCAAAAAGGAAAAUGUUAAGGAAAAUGUCCCAGUUGAGCAUAUUGGCAGCCUGAAGAAUCCCCCUGUAAUUAUGAAUAUGGAUGCCAAGCCGCAACAUCCAAAUCUGUGUGUGGACGAUACUUUUGCCUCAAGAAGCGACAAAUACUGCACAAAUCAAACUGACAUGACUGGAAAAUGUAGCAACAGUACCUUCAGGAGUGUCACACAGCUGUCACAGGGUGGUGAAAAUUUAAAUGGCCUGACACUAGUUGACAUGGAUAAAGCUUUAAAAGGACUGGUUUCAUGUGAAUCUCUUACUGCUUCAGUUCCACUCAACGAGUCUACUGAUAUAACUGGAGGUAUUAUGCCACAAAACUCUUCUUCAGAAUUUCAUGUUGCUGGCCAGAAGACUCCGCUGGAUUUGACCUUGAAAACUACCAUACGGGUUUUGUCUUCAUCUUCAGUGAAUUGGUUCCAUAGGUUAGUCAGCCAUGGGAGCUUCGGUGGUAUGGCUCCAUUUAUGUAUACUGGCUGUUCUUCAGGGUAUAGUAUGCCAUACUCUUCAGAGCCUAAUUCGACCAGUCAAGUAAAACACCUAGGGAGUUUACAUUCAUGGGUGCACCCACAAUCUACUCUACCAAAUUCAGUUAUAUCAGCAUUGACGAUAUCUGGGGCUGGAGGGCAAGGGGAUUUCUUGAGUAAACGGCAACAAGCGUGGGAGGAUUCAUUUCGAAGUCUUUACUACAUGCUUCGGAAGAAGAUUUGUCACAUCUUUUAUGUUUGUACUGCACAGUUUGUAGUCAUGUUCACUGGGCGUAAUGGUCCAGAGGAUACUAAACGCUCCUGCUGUGCCUACAUAUCUCGCUCAACAAGAUAUUUAAGGUCAUUGCUGAAAGAACAGGAUGUUUCUUUUUCUAUGCCGCUUUGCAAAUCCAAAGUGGAGGAAAUUACUGCAGAAGACUUGGUUGAACUCUCGGAAAUUGAAAAAUACAAUCUUGGAGAGGCUCGACCCCUGGAGACCCUGACCGGUGUUGAUAACAGCCCAGAAUCGUUGUUGAUGUUUACUGGGAAUAGGAUUGUACAUGGAUUGUAUGAUUUUCUACUAAAUUAUAGAUCCUUUUUGGCCUCUUUGACUGGUGUGGAUGUUCCUGUGUUGUAUUCGCCAGUACCUUUUCAGAAUGCCGCUCUCUGUGCUCCAGAGGUUAGAUGCAAAGAGGUGAGGAGAGCUGAUCAUAUUUCAUCCCAGCUAAAGGGGACUAGUAUUGGUGGUGAACCUAAUCGAGAUUCAUCUGCGGGUAUCUGUUACAGUGUUGAAAUUAAGGAUGUCUAUCUUCCCCCAUGGUUAAUUUCUGGCGUAUGCAAUGCUAUGCAGUCCAAUGGGACUGACUUUGAAGCUAGCUUUAUAACGGAAUCCUCAUCAAUUGGUUUGAACAUUGGUCUGGGCAUUGCCAGAGAACAACCCAAUCAGCAAGCUGCAGGCAAAUUAUUGCAAGAAAGUGGCAAUUCUUUUGGUAUUCCAAACGCCACUCUUUCUUCUCAAAUGCGUUCUGCCUUUUUGAAGGGAUUAAAGUACAGUGGUGGGUCGUACAAAGCUUCCAUAUCACCGGUUUGAAAUACCAUUAUUUACUGUAAUUGCAAGCUGGAACACACGGGGCAUUCAUCUCACUGUAUUUCGUCUGAUUUGCCUUUUGUAUUUUGAUUGUCUAAUCUAAGUGAUACUUGUCAAUCCAGUUUUGAUGUGCUCCCUUCUAUGGCCGUCAAGCUUGAUCAGUUUGAAACAGAGUAGGGGUUGUUGCACCGAAUAGUGCUUGUGCACUUAAGUCGUGAAAGUUUUUAUGUAAAGCUUCUCAUUUUGAGUACAGAUGAAAGUCAUAACAUCUGCUAAACAGCUUGAUGCAACUUUUUAUAUAAAUUAUUCUUGGAAUUGCGUUAUUUGA